AUGCUCCCUAUAUUAAGGUCCAAAGUUACUACUUCCCUAGUGAAAUCACCACAGCAAAUCUCUCUCCCAUUAACACGUCUAAUAUCAUCUACUCCAAAUCCAAUCAAUAAAUCCACCUACAAAACUCCAAAUUUUGAUGACGUCUUGAAGGAAGAUCAUACAAACAAUGAUAAAUCAAGAUCCUAUGCAUAUUUCAUGGUCGGAUCCCUUGGUUUAUUAUCUUCCGCUGGUGCUAAAUCAACCGUAGAGACAUUCAUCUCAUCAAUGUCUGCAUCAGCUGAUGUUCUAGCUAUGGCCAAAAUUGAAGUCAAUUUAGCUACCAUACCAGUAGGUAAGAAUGUCGUAGUGAAAUGGCAAGGGAAACCUGUUUUCAUUAGACAUAGAACAUCUCAUGAAAUUCAAGAAGCUAAUGAAAUUAGCAUGACCGAUUUGAAAGAUCCUCAAACAGAUUCAGAUAGAGUACAAAAUCCAGAAUGGUUAAUCAUGUUGGGUAUUUGUACCCAUUUAGGGUGUGUUCCUAUUGGUGAAUCAGGUGAUUUUGGUGGUUGGUUUUGCCCUUGCCAUGGGUCUCAUUACGAUAUCUCGGGAAGAAUUAGAAAGGGUCCUGCUCCAUUGAAUUUGGAAAUUCCAAAUUAUGAAUUCGAUGGUGAUAAAGUUAUUAUCGGUUAG